AAUAGCGUUGAGUUCGAUGUCCACAGAGUUGUUGUUAGCAUGUUGUGCUAUUAGCUACCCAGCCAGCGAAACGAACACACUUUGUGUUUUCUUUCCUUCUUUUUUUUAAAUUUUGGAUCAUAAAAGACAACAUAUGAUAAUCGUUUUUCUUAAAUCCUGUUUAUAAUUGUGUCUGACUGAGCAUUGACAGAAAGGGAACAUCAGUUUAGCGUCCGCUGCGUUUGUUAUGUGUGCAGAAUAAGGUAGCAAUGGACCAGCACAGAGGUCACGCUCCCAACUCCAGCUACCAAAACCCCCAGUCAGCAUACAGACGACAUAGAGAUGCCAGUGGAAGAAAUCACAGUGAGAAUAAACGCUCCAGACCAAACCACCACCAGCAUCAGUCUGGGCCAACACCAGAGCAAAACCCACGCACCCCUCGGGAUUUGAGCACCAGAAGGGAGCUAUAUGAAAGAGACUUUCCAGUGUACAAACAGCCUGUCGAGGUAGGAUGUUUUUCCCUCGACUCUGAGCGUAGAUUCUUCAAUGACAGCAGGCAGAUGAGAUACUAUGUGGAACCUGGCAGAAAUCCUAAUUUUGACCUGAGGGAUGGAUACAAGGACCGCUUUGUAAAGAGAGACGAAAGUGUGAAGGAGAAGCUGGACCACAUCCUACGGUGGAUCUUGGCCAAUAAAUCAAAGCUCGGCUCAAAGGUGACUACAGCCUCAUCAUGUGCUCUAGAUUUCGACUUUGUGACAUGGCGUGGUCAUCUGACCAGGCUGCUGACCACUCCCUACGAGACACACGAGGGCUGGUUGCUGGCAGUCACCAGGUUUAGGGGCACGCUUUACAUCAGCGACGUGGAAACAGAAGCUGCUCGAAGGGAACAAGAGAACCGCACAGAGAGACACAAGGAGAUGAUGUACUGGGGAUACAAGUUUGAGCAAUACACAUGUGCAGAUAACGUCCACAGUUUACCCGACCCAGGCGGAGUGGUUAACACUAAUGAGGCCUUCUGCACUGUGGUGCAGACUCGGCUGGCAGAUCACAGACUCCUGUUCUCCGGUGAGGUGGACUGCCGGGUUAAAGACCCCAAAGCUCCAGCUCCUCCUGCAUGCUACGUCGAGCUGAAGACCUCUGUGGAGAUCUGCACCCCUAAACAGCGCAGCAACUUUCACAGGUACAAACUGCUGAAGUGGUGGGCCCAGUCAUUUCUCCCGGGAGUCCCCCAGGUUGUGGCAGGCUUUAAGGAUGAGAAAGGAGUGGUUGUCUCCGUGGACACUUUUCCAAUCUCCAAGAUUUCACAACUCAUCAAGAAUGAACAGAACUGCUGGAAGCCAACAGUCUGUAUGAACUUUUGCUGUGAUUUCCUGUCUUUUGUGAAGAGUAUCGCAACUGAAGACAAUCCAAGCUUGGUGUACCUGUUCUCCUGGGAGCCCCGCAGAGAUGUGACAUUCUCCAUCCACAGGGACUCCCAGUAUUCCUUCCUACCACACUGGUAUGUGGAGGAGAUGACCAGUAGUCAAGACUCACACCAUCAGCCCUGAUUUUGUUACUGUUCAUUCAGACCUCUGAAGAUGGAGGAUUCGAAGACUUUACUAUAACAACAUUUGAAUCCCCAGACCAGUGGUUAAUUGUUCAAUGUUUAUUGAAACAAAAUUACAAAAGAAUAUACAUUCAAAAAAAUCAGGAUGUAAAUAAAUGAAGAUGACUUCAAGUUAGUAUUGCAUCCGCAGCUACAAGGUUUUUAUCAUGUUAAGUGUUAAGACAAAACAUUUUAUUUGUGAGGAACACCAUAAUUAAUAUGCAUGGUGUAUUCUAGUAACCAUUGCAUCAUUGUUUUUAUAAUGAAUAGUGACACAUACACCAGCUUUUGGUUCUUUCUUAACUAUUGAAUAAAGCUAAUGUUGUCAUUCUGACUCACUCGACUUAUUGACAUUUUCUUUGUUCAGAACUUCCGGCUUUCUCACACACUUUCUAUCCUCGGAUUUUGCCAUUUUCUUUCCUGGCAGUUUGAAUUUUCUGCCUUACCGGACCUUUAAUGCCUCACAUUUUCCAUAAACACCUUUAUGUGAGAGCGACAUUUUAUUUUCCCAAUCUUGAAAUACACAUUUAUUCGAUAUUAUGAAUUUAAAAGAGAACACGAAUUACCCAUCAUAAUUAGUUUUGUAGCAGGUAUAUAGUUUACUGAGGUGCACAUAUAUGGAGUAACUGAGAACAGCAGGUGUGUGAGAGAGCAAAAAGGUCUCAAACUUAAUAGUGGACGAGCUCAUACCUGGUAAUUACUGACAUUUUUCUUCUAUGUGGAAGUAGGCCACACCACUGGCACAGAUUAAUGCGAUGAACAGUCCUAACAUGUGAUGUUACAAAGUAAUAUUGAGAGCAGCAACUCUUGUGAUGAUUAAAACUCAAGUUAACAGAUUGAACAACCAGUUCAACACCAAUAUAAUGCGUGACUCAACUUUCAAAAUGGUUUCAAGGUGAAAGGCAGCAGAAUUUCUCCCAAUCGGAGAAAGAGCACAGUGGUAAAAAAAAAAAAUACUGUAAAUGUAUGCAAACUUGAAUACCCAAAAAAAAUAAAAAGACAAAUGUGUGACAAAAUGUUCAUACAGAUCAAUACAAUCAUGGAGACUGUAAACAGUUUGUGUAAAUCAUCAACAGUC